AUGGGAUCGACUAACGACGGUUCCACUUCCGGCGAAGAGCAAGAUGCUCGUGAGCCUACUCCAACCCCGACACCGGCGACUCCCUUGCCGGUGCCACCACCAGCAUCCAUCGAUACCAUUAUGGCGCGUCUAGCUCAACAAGACGCCGCCCAAAAGGCAGUAACCGACCAACUCACUGCUCUCGCUGCUCUCAUCGCCCCCCUCGCCGUGAACGCCGAUGCUUCGACGGCAGCAUACUGGCGACACCUUUUUGCCACCGAGAGGACGGCCGGCGCAGUACCUACUCAAGACGAGGCUCCCGACGCCGACGACCACGCUCCGGAACAGACCACCAGCGUCUCCGACGUGCAAACCAUCAACGAGCUCGCGGCGCUCAAGCAGUCCAUCCUCGACAUCAGCUCGCAGAUCCACCACGUGACGACAUCUGCUCCGCAGAUCGAACUCUCCGACCCGACGGUUCACGUCACGUCGUUCAACAUCGCUAUGCGCCGUGCAAAUCUCUCCGACGAAGAGAAAGACGCCGGCUUUUGCCAGCUCUUCGUCGAAACCCUAGAAGGAACAGCCUUGGCUUGGUUCACUGGCCUCAAAGAAAACUCUGUCAACAGCUUCCACGAUCUCUCCACCGCCUUCCUAAAGAACUAUAUCAUGUUCACUCGCGAGGAAGCGACUGCUUCCGAUCUGUGGAACCUCACCCAAGCCAACGGUCAAAGCCUCCGCGACUUCAUGGAAAAGUUCAAGUCUGUCGUCUCAAAAAUAGACAUCCCCGACCAGAUCGCCGUCGAAUCCUUGAAGAACACCCUUCACCUCAAGUCUACUUUCCGAGCCGAUCUUUACCGACACCCGACGCGAUCCCUAGCAGAUGCCAUAGCACGUUCCCAUAACUUCAUAAAAAUGGAGGAGGACACGAAGGCAAUCACCGGACGACAGAACGCUGCGAAAGACGCAACAGCGAAGCAGAACUCGGCCAAGACGAGUGACAACCGUCAGGAGCCGAGGCAACAUUCAUCCGGCAACCCGAAGCGUAACUUCGCAUACGCCGUCACCGAGGAAGAGGAUCCUGCAUCUACUGCCGUAGUCCGGGAAAAGGGUUGGAACUUCUUAUCGUCUGUGGCCAGCGGCAAGCUGGAGAUUGAGCCACCCCCCAAACCGAAGCCCAAGAACGGCAAGAGCUGGAGCAAGAACAAAGAAAAGAAGUCUCAGAAAUCCAAAGAGAAGCAACCUCAAGCCACUGCAGAAGAAGAUGACGCUCAGGACAAAGACGACUCAUCGGCCGAAGAAGAUCAGCCGAGAAACCGUCGACGAGUAGAAGUCAUCCUCUCCAGAAUGAGCGACUCUUCGGACGACGAGCAGACCGAGCAAACUCCUCCCCGAGUAAACGCUACCAACGCAGAAGGGACCGACCUUUGGGCUUUGCUGAAGCGAAAAGCCGCAACUGCAGCGACCCUCGCAUCAACUGAAGCUCCGCACUUCGGUACCACAGAUAGCGCAUCCAAAUCCCAAAGGAUCGACCCAGAUCACCCCUUCCAAGUCUCCGACCUACGCGAUAGCCUCAACUCUAAGGCCGACGACUUGAGGAUAAAGCUCAACCGUUCAAAACAUUCUGACCUGCGUCGGCACUUGGAAAAAGCGAAAGAGCGCCAUCCCAAUGCCGCAUCUGAUUAUAUCGGAAUUGCCGAUCUCCGAGAACAAAUCGAAUCUCGACGCCGAAGUCGCUUCCCACGGAUCAGCGUAAUCAUGGGUGGAUCUCCCCUCUGCGGCGAUUCUGUCAAAGCAUUCAAAGACUACAGGCGACAAGCUGUAACCUCCAAACGUUGGCCCUCGUCAGCUGACGACGAACAUCAGAUAAUGUUCUCCAACGCCGACACACGGGGCGUCCAUAUGCCUCAUAACGAUCCACUCCUCGUAGAUAUCGGGAUCGGAGAAUGCCAAGUCACCAAAGUCUUGAUCGAUACCGGGAGCUCGGUUGAUCUCAUCUUCCGCCACACAUUGGAUAAGAUGGGAGUCGAUCUACAAAAUAUGAAACCAUCCUCUCGCACCCUCACCGGAUUUAACGGAGCUUCGGAGCAGAUGCUCGGCACUAUACGCCUCCCCGUCUACGCGGGAGAUAUCGUUCGCACGGUGAAGUUCUCUGUUAUACAAGCCAAAGCACCGUACAACGCGAUCCUUGGCACUCCCUGGCUCCAUGCAAUGAAAGCCAUCCAGUCGUCUUACCACCAAUGUGUCAAGUUCCCGGAAAAGGACGGCAGCACGCAAACCAUCCGUGGAGACCAGCAAGCCGCAAGAGAAAUACUCAUCGCAACGUUGAAACUCCAGCAGUCUGUAUCCCUUAUUAACUCCGUCUCCAAACCCAUCCAUAAGGUGUACCCUCAGAAAGAAGAGAUCCGCGAGGUCCCGCUUGACGUCAACGACCCGACGAAGGUCGUACGAAUCGGCGCGUUCCUCUCGGAUGAAAUGCAAACCCAAAUCACCUCCUUCCUCCGAGACAAUGCCUCGACGUUCGCUUGGUCCGCAUCAGACAUGAAGGGGAUCGAUCCAAUUAUAACUUCACACGAGUUGAACGUCGACCCCACUUUCAAACCUAUCCGGCAAAAGAGGCGGAAACUCGGGCCCGACCGGUCGAAAGCAGUCAACGAGGAAGUAGACCGAUUACUCGCAGCAGGAUCCAUCACCGAGGUGAGGUACCCCGAAUGGUUAGCAAACCCGGUUGUCGUCAAAAAGAAAAAUGGGAAGUGGCGUGUCUGCGUCGAUUUUACUGACCUCAACAAGGCAUGCCCGAAGGACAGUUACCCACUCCCCCAUAUCGAUCGACUAGUUGAGUCAACCGCAGGUAACGAAAUACUUACCUUUAUGGAUGCCUUCUCGGUGUAUAAUCAAAUAAUGAUGCACCCCGAUGACCGAGAGAAGACAGCUUUCAUUACCGACCGAGGAACCUACUGCUACAAGGUCAUGCCUUUCGGACUGAAAAACGCUGGAGCGACUUACCAGCACCUCGUCAACAAGAUGUUAUCCGACAGAUUGGGUAACACCAUGGAGGUAUACAUCGACGACAUGCUAGUCAAGUCACUUCACGCGAACGAUCACCUCGACCAUCUACGAAAUUGUUUCAAGACACUGAACGAGUAUGGGAUGAAACUCAACCCGGCCAAAUGCACCUUCGGCGUCACCUCGGGCGAAUUCCUGGGAUACAUAGUGAACCAACGAGGCAUUGAAGCCAACCCCAAGCAGAUAUCAGCGAUACUCGAUCUACCCAGUCCGAAGAACAGUAGAGAGGUGCAGCGCCUAACAGGCAGAAUCGCGGCCCUCAACAGAUUCAUUUCUCGAUCAACCGACAAAUGCCUUCCGUUCUACGAGUUGUUGCGAGAAAACAGACGAUUCGUCUGGGACGAUAAGUGCGAGGAGGCAUUCACCCAGCUCAAGCGCUACCUCACCACGCCCCCAGUCCUCGCAAAACCAGAAGUCGGUGAUAUCCUAUCCCUUUACAUUGCAGUCACCUCCUCGGCAGUUAGCAGUGUCCUCAUCCGGGAAGACCGAGGCGAACAGAAACCCAUCUUCUACAUCAGCAAACGCAUGACUGAAGCGGAAACCCGCUAUCCGACUCUUGAAAAAAUGGCUCUUGCUGUCGUCACCUCGGCUCGUAAAUUUCGCCCCUACUUCCAGUCACACAGUAUCGAGGUUCUCUCCAACCAGCCUCUUCGAACGGUGAUGCAGAACACGAAUCAGUAA